UGUCGGCAUAUCACAUUCAUUUUCGGGAUACAAGAAAAAAGCAAAUCAUAGUGUUUAGGGCAUAGGGAUCGCCGGAACGUCCGGCUUUGUGUGUUCAAACAGUUAGAUGUCUUUGACCUUUGACCGCUGUUCAUGUUUUGUAUGUACAUGUAACUACAUAAGAAGACCCAUCAUUCAUCCCAACACCUCUUUGAGGAAUAGAGGGGACUUGUAUUGUCUCCCAUCUUCGUAUGCAUGAGAUGAUACAUGGUUUCCUUUCCUUUUGACUACAUCAUUCCCUCCUACUGCAGCAGCACGCACAUGCAUGUACGCCAGCGUACACGCAGGACUGCUGCCUACAAAGUUAUUUUGUGGAGAGAAAAAGUGUGGCAACUUUGAUGUAUCCCCUCGUAUCAUAAAUGCUUGUUUUGAAGUCGCUUUUUUCUCUACCAUCCCCUCUCUUGUUUGUGCUGCUUUGGGAAAAAGGGCUGCUUUUUGGCCCUCAAGGUUUGAAUGCUGUCUGCGAUUUGACUUGGAGUCAUUGUCAAUCACUGUCAUUGUCACGGCCAAUUUUAUUCUUAGACCUCUGAUGCUCAAGCCAAGUGGCCAAAUUCCCUCAGGUUACAAUAACUGCAUAUUCUAUCACUAUCAUUAUUUUCCUGUUUAUUCUAUUCUUCUUAUGAUUUCCGUCUUUUCUUUGAUGCCCCUGUGCCUUCCACUUAUCGCAUCGCUGGUUUGCCUCGCUUUCUCUCACUUUUGGAAACUCUGUAUCGACUUUCCCCAAUCGCUGCAUAUUCAACCGCUCCUUGAUAUCCGCUUGAGGAAACAGACAGAUAGGAGGGAGGGAGGCAUUGCGACAGGAUCGCAGAUCAAUCAGCCCCGGAGUCAUGACCGAUUAUCAACUUUACUCUCUCGCCUUUGCCCCUGAGGCUCGCAGAGCAUUCAAGCAAAUAGGAAUCAACCUGGGCUUCUGCAUUUCAUCACUACUGGUACCUGCUUUGUUGCUUUAUUUCUCACUGUAUGCGCUCGCAAAGCGCGAAACUAGGAAAUUCGAGGUCCUGAGCCUGUUGGCGAGUGUCGGGUUCGUUGUGAGCAGUUGUUUGGUGGUGUUGGAGUGCAAUAUGAUUCGGAGCUUACAGCUUUUUGCUGUUGCCAUUGGCGUGAUGAAAGCGCUGGACCUAUUCGCGCGACGUUAUCACCCGCCGCAGUAUGCGCAGAAUCCAAUACCUGGGCCUGGCUUGUUAGCUCUUCUCUACCUGACGGAAUUGCGGUACGAAUCUUUUACGCCAAAUACCACCCGACUCGGUCCUGCCCCAGCACCCAGUCCUCAGAAAGGGAAAGGUGGAAAUUACUAUCGCAACGGCCGAUCAAGUCCCAAGUCGAAGCAGUGGAAGCCUCACUUUUCCGAACCGGUUAAUCUAGUACUCCACGCAGCGCUUUUUGCCAUCUUACAAACGCUCUGUCCACAAUCGAACCCUACAGUGGUUGCAUUGGAAGUGCUACUAGCCAUAUAUGUGAUCUGGGAGACCCUUCAGCUCAUGCUACGUUAUCACACCAGCCCCCCGUUGUUUGGACCCCUUUACUCGGCAACUUCCCUAAGCACCUUUUGGAGCGAAACAUGGCACAGCGCUUUUGCCAGCCCUUGUCGCUCGCUCGCAUAUGGACCGAUACGGUAUACUCUACCCGAACGCUACGGCGUGCCAGUUUCCAUAGCAAGGGCCCUUGGCGUCCUUGCAUCGUUUGCGCUUAUGGGAUUUUUCCACGUGUAUGCUCUGAAGCCACUAUUACCAGUCGAUGCUCUCGCGAGAAUCUACACGUUCUUUCUGCUGAAUGGCGUUGGGGCUGUCAUUGAAGAUGCGAUCUGGGGCAGGGAGACGCAUUGGGGGAAGACUAUUCUUGCCUGGGUGUUUGAGUUAGCUAUUGCCAGUUGGACUGUCGAGGGACUGUCGGUCCCACAGGGUCUGAAGAACAUCCAGUGGGCGAGUAUUUGUAACGUUGGGGACGUGUGAGGUUCGAAUUUUUGGAUCGAUUGGGCUUUUUCCCUCUCUUGUUUAGACGUUUGACGAAAGACUAAGAUCAUAGAAAGAAGCAAUGAAGCUAAGGUACAUACAGACACAGGUGGUAAACAGUAUAAAUCUUUCCGAAUUUGGAUUUGAAAUAAUUCGGGAGAGAAAUUGAUAAAAUUCAAUCCUUGAGGGUGGUUAUCGCACACAUGGUACUUGCACCUAGUGUACGUACAUACAUACCUGAUGUUCUGUCUGGUAUAGAGUAGCUGGGCAAUUCAUGCCCUAAUGCGCGCAGUCAAGAAGUACCACUGGGUUACUACGACACCUACUAUGCUUACGCUCCUAAAGCAUUGCCAUGGCUAAUAAAUGCGAAGUUAAGGAAAGUUAAACCGCAAUCUUUUC